CAAGAUUCAGACGUCAGUUUAGCGCGCGACGUCUAUGAGGUUAGCGCACUCCCGGACGCUCGCCCGCUCCGUUCCAUCGCGCUCCUGCCCGUGCACCGCGCGCACUCGCGCAACGCAUCGCGUCGCGCAUCCUCCCACGCGAAAAUUGUUACAUUAUCCUCGCUAGUAUAAUCCAACAAACACGCACGGCGAUAGAGAAAAAUAAUGUGGUUACUUAAAAUGUGGAUUACGAGCAAAUUUUGAACCCCCACCCCCCUCCUCCAAAAAAAGUAUUUCCCCCAAAAAAUAUUUCUUGGAAAUCAGAGGGUUUUUUAAAAAUAAAAAUACCGCAUUAUACUUGGAUUUGGUGCAUGAUAAUUUUCUAAUAUUAAUCGCAGAGUGCUUAAUUUCAUUCGAAAUUUUUGAUCGAAUAUUUUGACUCGCGGUGAGUGGGAAAAUGUGUGUACAAGAUCGAAAAAAAGUGAUGUAAGAAAAUAUUAUAAUCCUCGUAUCAUGGUAUAAUCUCACUUAAUCGCUGGCAAUUGCCAUGCGAACGAAAGAAAAAAAGUGUUACGAACUUAAAAUCCCAUCGGUGUUACCAGACGCUAGGCAACUUUCAAUUCAACCCCCUCAGUAGGAGUUACUAUGCACAAAAUGAGUAUGAAGUCGUGAGAUAUGCUCGUAUCAAUAACGGGGAUGAACUGCAUUAACUACCCUUUGAAAGUGAAAUAAAUUGAACGAAGUGCUGAUUAAUUUAUUUAGAAUAAUUGAAACUGUAAAAUAGGUAUUAAAAUGAAAUAUAAAACCGAUUGUUUGACUGUGAUGUUACACUGGGUAGUGUUGGUUCUGUUGUCGUGGACCGAGACGGUGCUGUGUAAAUGUACGAAUAGUGAUGAUGUAUCGUUCGAGUUGACCACCGGUUAUGUGUUCAGUUCACCCGGAAACAUAAUAGCGACGAAACCGGGGAUUUUGUCAAUUACAGAGUGCAUCAGGAGUUGUCGCGAAGAUUUACAGUGUCAGGCCGUAAACUACGAAACUGGAUUAUGCGUUCUUUUCGCCUCGAAACCGGAUUCGCAACCAGAUGCGCUAAGCAAAUCCCAGUUCCCGGUUUUCACGCUCUUCGCACAAAAAAUUUGCUUAAAAAACAAACAUAGUUGUAGGCGACCUUGGAUUUUCGAAAUAGUCAAGGGUCAAGAGCUCGUCGUCAACCCAAAGGAUAGGCGGCACGUUCUCUCGAGGAAGGAAUGCAUGGAAUUAUGUCUACAUGAAAAGCGUUUCGUUUGUCGGUCUUCGAAUUACAACAGCGUAACAGGCGAGUGCUGCUUGAACGACGUUGAUCGAUUCACGCUACCGGGACCUCACAAUGCCGACACGGAGCCCAACAAGCAAGUUGAAUACCUCGAGUCAAACUGCGUCAACGAGCCUAUCAAAAUGUGCGAUUUCACUGAGAUCAGUGGCAAAAUUCUGAAAACCGUUGACGUCGUCUACCAGGAUGUGGAAAGUCUCCACGUUUGCCAAAAUUUGUGCUUGCAGUCAAAAGACUUUCGGUGUCACACGGUAGACUAUGGAGACACCGGCGGUAACAUAUGCCGGCUGUCACAUCACACGACGUCGAGCCUGCAACACAUCGACGAACCGUAUCUGGAGAUGGCCAAGUCGACGACGUACCAACUCACGGCCUGCUACAACAUUUCGGUCGACUGUCGCGGGGCCGACAUGGUAGCCCGAGUCCACACCAACAAGAUGUUCAGCGGGAAAGUCUACGCCAAGUCCAGACCCAACUCCUGCGUCAUGGACGUCGAUAACAGCCUCGACUUCGAGCUCCACCUCGGCUACCAUGAUCUCAACUGUGACGUCAAACAGGACGCACCUGGCAAAUUCACUACUGAUAUUAUCAUUCAGCACCACGACCAAAUAGUGACGGGUCAAGACGUGGGGCUCUCGGUCCGGUGCUCGUACAACCUCCAGAACCGGAGCGUCGGCCACGGGAUGGAGCUGGCAGUGGCCGGGGAACCGGAGCCGGCGCACAGCGAGGAGGCGGCCUUCGUCAUCUCGCCGACGGUGACGAUGCGCAUCACCGACCGGAAAGGGGACGACAUCUACACGGCCCAGGUCGGCGACGCGCUGAGCCUCCGCUUCCACAUCCUCGACGACAACUCCCCGUACCAGAUCUUCGUGCGGGAGCUCAUCGCCCUCGACGGCGUCGACUCCAGCGAGAUCCUCCUCAUCGACUCCAUGGGCUGCCCCACGGACCCGACCAUCAUGGGCCCCAUCGUCACCGUCGAGACCACCAACGGAGCUCAGAUCCUCGAGGCCCCCUUCGACGCCUUCAAGUUCCCCACCUCGGACGUCGUCCAGUUCAAGGCCUUGGUCACCCCGUGCCUCCCCAAGUGCGAGCCGGUCGUCUGCCACGUCGAGGACUACUACGGCAUCGCCCGGAAGGUCGAUUCCUUCGGGCGCCGCCGAAGAAGUAUCGACAGGAAGCUCUUGGAGAAGAGUCGACGCCGCCGGAGCAUGGACCCGGAGAUCCCGCUGGAGAAGGACGAGAUCGUCUACCAGAGCAUCCGCAUCGAGGAUAAGUUCAAGUUCGAUAAGCCCUCCUGGAAACAACAACAACAUCAACCGGAUAGCGUCCAGUUUUCCGGUUCGGGCUCGGGUGCGUUGCCCGACUCGUCGUGCAUGAACAUGACGGGCGUCGCCGUGGCUGCGGUCCUCCUCGUCUCCACGCAGAUCUGCUUCGUCAUGUUCUGCAUACUGCUCUGGCACAAACGAAAGUCGCCGGCCAAGGAGGAUAAAUUGGAGCCCGUCACCGGUGAUUCCGUUUCCUUCCCGUGGAAUCAGUUCUACAGGAUAUCUUAACACGCGCUAACGGUCUCCCCAGAGCGCAAGCACCGUGAAUCGUAGUACUCGCAGGCAGAGACGUGGCGUGCUUUGCGAUAUAUCGAUUGAUCUGCCAUUUAAACCUAUUGAAAAGGAUCGAUAAACAGGGUGUUCGCGACGAACACCUGAAUAAUUGAGUUUUUCCCAUAUCUUCAAAUGGAAAAUAUCGAUAAUUGAUCAUUCACGCCUCGCCACUACUCGCAGGUUGAGAGAUGAGGACUCCGACCCAAGAAAAAUUAUUUUACGGAACCAACACGACCGAAGUUGCAAUAAUCGCGACGCGUUGCGACUCCAUCGGUAAAUUAUUGCAAUUAUGUCGACCAUUCCAAGUAGCAGUGAUCGAGAUAAAUAGCGAUUUUAUUGGUUGGGUAUCGCGAUUACAUCGGUGGCAAUAU